GACCGUGAAGCAUCAAACUCACUCACAGGGUGAUAAGUGCGCAAAUGAUGAUAUUGCAGUUCCUACUUUCAGAUGACACUAUUCAAGGUUUUGCCUAACUUACAAGUUUAAAUUAGGGAAAAUCUGCUUCACUUUUCUCACGUUUAUAGAAGAGAUAUUGAUGUGAGAGCCACAAAAAAAUCAAAAAGUCAAAUAAUUGUGAAGCACUACAUAGUGGAAGAAGAAUCUUUUACUUAAGUAAAAGUAGCAGUAUCAGAGUGUAAUAAUACUAAGAACGCCCUGUUUCAGAAUAAUUUAUAAAAUAUAUUACACAAAAAGAACGCAUUAAAGUAACCCGUUCUUAUUGAAGACAGGGAUGUGUUUUCUCUGAUUUGUCCCUGUUUUCUAAUGCCUUCACUUUUUUCUCAGAGACUAUGUUUUUAAUCCUAUAUGGAUUUAUAUUAUUCACCUAAUAUGUUCAUUUUUCUGGGUAAUCUCAUCCCAUGUCACUUUAUGUUUCCAUUAUUUUUGAAUUUGUUUCACCUGCCAUGUAAUUAUCUCAGUCAUGUUACUGCCUCCCAUUGGUUGCUGCUAUAGGUGAGGCCAUGCCCUUGUUGUCUGUUUUAAAGCACUGAUGAAGACCUGCAGUGGUCGAGACACAUUGGCUCUUUUACUAAUUUUGUCAUUAUUAUAAAGAGUUUCAAUAUUUCCCUUCUCAUUUAGAUAUUUUUCAAGUGCCUGGAUUGCCUUCCUGUGUAUCAAGGUGUUCUCCGUUUUCCAUGAGCAACCGACUUUUCAUUUUUAUGUGAACAGUAACACCGCCACCAUGGGAUUUCUACUGUCCAAAUCCAUGGAUGCAAACUUUAAAAAGCAGCAAGAGUUCAUGCUCCACAAUGCACGGCUGCAGAUGGAGCGUCAGAUCCUGAUGCAGAACCAGAUGAGAGAGAGACAGAUGGCGAUGCAGGUUGCCUGGUCCAGAGAGUUUCUCAAAUACUUUGGGACUUUCUUUACAGUGGCUGCAGUUGGACUCACUGUAGGUGCCAUUAAAAGAAAGAAACCAUUCCUUCUGGCUCCAAUCAUCCCUCUUGGCUUUAUAUUGACCUACCAGAUGGACAGCGCCUAUGGGACACUUAUUUAUCGCAUGAGAGGUGAGGCUGAGAGCAUCAUGACGUCUGAACAUGACCGUCUGGACUUGCCUCACGGGACUCCGACUUUUGAUAGCAUAGAGAAAGCCCGCCGUGCUCGAAGCAGCCUCACCUCCUUCUUGGAGAAAUGACUUGUUGGUUAUUUGAGACAGAAUUAUAACCGUCCAGUCGAUGCAUUCACCCAUUCUGCUUUUGCUUGAAAAAACUGUCAAACUGCCUUUUCGACGCUAUUGAGUCUAUGGUUUGCACUAAUUCUGUAUCAUGGACCUCAGGUCAAAUAAGUCCCGAUAUAAUGUUAAAGUUAUUUCAGUGGUUAUUGUUAUUAGAGGUGCAUCAGUAGCAAAACACAUAUUUUUAUCCCAAACAAAAUACUUGAGUUGAUUAGGAAUGCACUGUCAGUUCUUUAGAAUAUCAUAAAAUCAAUCUGUAGUAUAACUAUUUGCUUCAAUUACAUUCAACCCGUUUAAUCUAGUUACAAGGAGACUGAAGCUGUGUCCCAAAUCCAGACCAAAUCCCAACCUUAUGUACUACAUACUAAUCUGUUACUUAUUUUACCAAUUUCUAUAAAAAACUAUGAACAUACUUUUACAUAUUAUAUGAACAGAUAAUGAUACAAUAUGUAACUGCAACUUUGGACAGCUACUGCCACUUUAACUUUACAAAGAGACAUCAAAAUGUUUAGUAUUAGUAUUAAAAGUUUAGUAUAAUAAAGUUUAUUAAAAGUUUAUUGAAAUUUAAAGAAGUGACAAAGUUAUACACAGGAAAUCUUUAGAGUGCACAACAGAUAUGUCAAUUUAAGAAAGUGCAUUGAUGAUAUUGGAACACAACAUGUAAUCUUCCACGAAUUAUUCCUCAACCCCACAGGCGCCAUUUACAGGCAAAGUUCUAUAUAUUAAAGGGUGCGUAGACCUGAGAGACUUUCUCAUUGUCCAUCAUUUUGAUAGAGAGGGUCAUAUUAAGUUAUGUCAUAAUCUAUUAUUACCUGUCAGUUUAAAUAAAGAAAACAUAGGAUAAAAUCUAGACUGUGGAGGAUUUAGUGACAUCUAGUGGCGAUGUUGCAGAAGUGAAACUGUAGGAGAACUACACGGCCAACGCAGGUGUUUGGUUUGUCUGUUCUUGGUGGUUAUCGCCACAUCUAUGGAAUUUUUUGAGUCACAAACUGAGUAUCUGAUCUUAUCAAGGUUUAGACAGGACAUAUUGCCCCUUAAAGAAUUAAUAUUUUGAGCUGUUUCACCACAAAUUAUUUUAACCAGCUGGUGCAGCGCUAUUUCUUUUAUACAUAACAUUUUGAGGGAUGAUAGUGCAUCAUCAACAAACUCAACAAUCGAUGGUUUUUAGUAGGCAUGCUGUCUAAUUUCAGUUUAGUUUGUCAUAUUUUCAGUUUGAACACAACAGCUCCUAAAAAGAAGCUUAGCGUCAGUAUGUCGUAUGGCAUUGGGAUACAGCGUAUGUCUCAACAAGCUGUUUUUAUUCUUGUUGAUCAUGUUUUAGUUAAAGAUGCAUUAAGUGACUUUUGACCACUAGAGGACCGACAGACUCUUCAACACACUCACAGUAACGUAACCCUCACACUGUCUGAGGUUAUCGAGGAAUUACGGCUGAUAUUUGAGCAAACAGUUGCCUACUUGCACACGAGGCAGACACAAAGCAACAAACAUUGGUGUGUAUUUCUUGCAACCUGAAACGUACAAAUGCAAUAUUCACAUUAUGCAAUAUUCAUGCUUUUUAGCUCUGUUUUGGUGCACAAACUCUGCUGUGUUUGCUUGUUAGAUGCUUAACUUUUGGGUUUAACAUUAGAUAUCUGAUAUUUCCUGUCAGGCAGGUACGCUUGCUGUCAAAGCAAUAAUCAAAGAGUGAUCAAAAUUUUCAUAUCAAAUUUUUAUUUGGGAACAUUUUCAACACUGCAGAUAUUUAUCCUGACAGCAAAAGAUUUUUAUCAUUUCAAACUGAAGCACUAAAGCUUUUGGUCAUUUAUGGAGGUUAAAUUAGAGUGCUAAGGAGCUUUAUAUCAGAGGUGUAGUUGGUGCACCUGUAACUUUCAUUUUUGUUACACAAAAACACAGAUAUAUUCAGUGGAUGUAAAAUAUGCUGGUGCUGAUAUUUAUGCGAUGUGUAUUAAUUUUAACUCAUGUUUGACAUUAUGGAAAAUAUAUUUGAAAAUAAAAAAGAAAUAUUGCCAAGA